AAACGCGUCGUAAUAGUCAACUUUAAGAUUGCAUUACAUAUGUCAAACCCGUAUGUUUAGUUAUUACGUCUAGAAUCUGCGAUGUGUCAAAUUCGUAGAAAUUUAUUUAAUAUGUUUCCUCAAAUUUGUUUAGUAAUUUAUUAAUCUUAAAGGUUCGCAUAACAAUGGAAACAACUGUCUUCCCAAAUGUAAGCCUACCUCCGGCAUUUUAUAAACCUCCAUCGCCAGAUUUAUGUAUACCAAUUCACAGAUCCAAUACAACAAUUAUAACAGAUGCGUAUGCUGGAAUACCUGAAAAUUUAGUUUUAAAUAUUAUAGGAUUUUUGUUAUUAGUUCUUUUAUUUGGUUUAUUGCGUAAAAAAGCUUGGAAUUAUGGACGUCUUGCAUUGCUACAUAAAUCAGAUAAUAGAUGGAUGGAAUUAUUUUAUGGCGACAAUGAUACCAGAGAUGUAGACGCAAUAUAUUUAGAAACAUCUGUUAAUUCUCAGCUAUCUCAAGCUGAUAGAGGUUUUCUUUCAUGGAUUGUUACAGCAUUUAAAAUAAAAGAUGAAGAACUACUGAAAAGAGCUGGUCCUGAUGGGUUGCUAUAUAUAUUAUUUGAGCGUUAUUUGAUUGUUUUAACUAUUGCAAUGGUUAUUGUAUCAUUAUGUAUAGCAUUGCCUAUUAAUUUUUAUGGUAGUACGCAUGAUGAUGAUUUAACAUUUAGUCGUACAACAGUAGCCAAUCUAGAUCCAAUGUCUUCUUGGAUAUGGGUACACUCAAUGUUAAUUAUAUCUUAUUUACCAAUUGGUACUUAUGUGAUGAGACGUUUUUUAAAACAGGUACGUGAAACUAGAUCUAGCGGCGAAUUAGCAGCUAGAACACUAAUAAUCACAGAAAUACCCAAACACCAAUGUGAUGUAGAAACACUUACAGAAUAUUUUAAAGAAGCAUUUUCAACACUUACCAUAGAAGAUGUUACAUUAGCUCACGAUAUUAGACGUCUUUCAGUGUUAGAUGCAGAAAGAGAUUGUGCAGAGCAAGCACGUUUGUAUUGUGAGAAUUAUGCUAAAAAAAGAGAUCCUUUAAAAAUAUAUCCCCAUCGCUGUGGUCAAAUUUUGGGAUGUUGUUGCAAAUCCAAAGUUGAUGCUCAAGAAUUUUAUGCAAGUGAAGAAAUUCGAUUAACUGCAUUAGUAGAAGAAGAAAGACAAUUGGCCUUAAAUAAACCACUUGGAAUAGCGUUUGUUACUUUAGGAACUCCUGGUGCAGCUAGAACUAUGAGGAGACAAUUACGAUCCUCUCCUUCGAUAAAGUGGAUCGUUAAUUAUGCUCCAGCACCUUCAGAUAUUUUUUGGGAAAAUUUAAGUAUACCAAGAAAAUGUUGGUAUUUAAACGCAGCAAUGAUAAAUGUUGCUUUGUUUAUAACAUUGUUUUUCCUUACCACACCAGCUGUUAUUAUACCAAUUUUAAAUAGGUUAUCUAUACCUGGAGAAAUAAAAAAUUUGAGUCCUAUUAUUUCUUCUUUUUUACCAACUUUAUUAUUAGUAAGCGUGGCUGCUUUAAUGCCUGUAGUUGUUGAAAAAAGUGAAUCUUUAGUAAGACACUGGACAAGAAGCAGUUUGAAUCGUACGGUCAUGAGAAAAACUUUAUUAUUUUUGUUACUUAUGGUUCUUAUAUUACCUAGUUUAGGAUUAACCAGUGCUGAAGCAUUUUUUGUUUGGACUAUGAAAGGGAAAAAUGAUACAGGAAGGUGGGAAUGUGUAUUUCUUCCUGAUCAGGGCGCUUUAUUUGUAAAUUAUGUAAUUACUGCUGCUUUACUUGGAAGUGCAUUGGAAUUAGUCAGAUUUCCCGAACUCGCCUUAUACACUUAUCGUCUUUGUAUUGCACGCAGUAAAGCAGAGAGAGUGCAUGUCAGGAAAGCAGUAUUAUGGGAGUUCCCAUUAGGAGCACAUUAUGCAUGGUUACUAUUGGUAUUUACUAUGACAACAGUUUAUAGCCUUGCCUGUCCUUUAAUUACUCCAUUUGGACUGUUAUAUUUUUUAGUAAAACAUUUGGUGGACAGGCAUAAUUUAUGCUUUGCUUAUGGACCAAGUGUAGGUGGUGGUCAAUUAGCAGGUACAGCAGCUAGCGCAGCAGGAACUGCUCCGAUUCUUGCACAAGUAGCAUUUUUAGCUCUCGGAUUAGUAAGAAGAGGUUUAUCUCCUCUGGCAGCUGUACAACUUAGUGGUCUUGCUGCUAGUAUUUUAGGUCUUGUAACUGGAGUUACAUUACCUGCAUCCAAACCCAAAACACAACCGCCGAGAAGAGAUCUUCCUGGCGGAAUAACAGGACAAAGUUUUAUUGCACCCGUAUUACGAAAGAAACAAAUUUCUCCAGAAGAAACUAUACCUGUAGAUUCAAACUCUGAAAUGAAUACACCAAGUCCAAGUAUAUCUUCUUCUAUCGUCUUAGAAGAUGCCCCUAAGCUUUAUCAAAAUUAUUCAAAAGAACCUAAGGUGUAAGGUGUAAUUUUUGUUUUUAUAAGCAGUUUUUAUAAACACAAGCUUAUAACUACGUGUAUAUAAACUAGCACACAAAAUAAGCAUCUUAAAAAUUUGAGAUAAAAAAGAAAAAAAAGAAAAAAAAAAAAAAUAGAAAACAGAAAAAAAGAAGAAAGAAAUAAUAUAUC